GCUCGUUAACUUGUCCGCUUCCUUAUAUUUGCCUAUAAUUUCCCGGGCAGCUUACAGCAGCUACAACAAACCGGACUACCGAGCUCACCACGGGCUAAGAAGAGUGUCCUCCUGCACUCCAGACCGCCUCAGAUUGGUCGGCAUCGUCUGUUUUCACUCCGGAGACUGCGGAUUUUAUCCUUGAUCAUUUCCAGUGGAUACCGAGCGAGUGCGCGCCGCCUCCCUGAGAUGAACAAAGUCUAUGGACAUUAAGUCUGCCUUUAUUUGUUUCACAGCUGGGAAAUAAAAAACCCUCACUCCGUGUGUGUGUCCAGCUGUCUCCGCUGCCCUCCGUCCGGUUCAACUGAGCCGGUCAGACUUGGAAAGAGCAACAGCCUCCACCGGCGCAUCAGUGAGGUAGAAAAGCCCUACAUCAAGCUGCAACCAUGGAUGAGAUGGACCUGCCCCAGAUGAAGAAGGAGGUGGAGAGCCUCAAGUACCAGCUGGCCUUCAAACGAGAGAAGUCCUCCAAAACAGUGACUGAUUUGGUGAAGUGGAUAGAGGACGGCGUCCCAGAGGAUCCCUUCCUGAACCCGGAGCUGAUGAAGAACAAUCCGUGGGUGGAGAAAGGAAAAUGCAUUCUUCUCUAGAAGAAACUGCCCGCCCACCCUGCCAUGACCUUUCAACUUAAACCACACUGACCAACACACACCUACAGAUGACCCCUGAACCUGCCCUCCCCCUGCCUGUGAAGGCCAUGGCGGGACAGCACCACCUAACCUCUCACCAUGAAUGUACAACAGCUGAUAUCCCCCAACCUCUCCCGAGCACACACCCCAACUGAAACACUGAAACACACUCUGACAGAGAUACACACACUCACACACUUUAAUUCCAAAACUUUGGGUUUUUCUCUGACUGCCGCACAUUCGCUGCAAGUGUAAUCCUGCCACGGCAAUACAUCAUUACUAUGAUAUGACGACUAUGAUCAAUACUCCUACUACAUGUCUCUGUAUAGACACAACAAAUUAUUUAUGCAGCUGUCAGUCACAAGCUUUCUUACCCUCUUUCACUCUUCAUUCUGAGCACAGAAGUUUUUAUUUCUUCCAUUUCUGAUGAACUCAUAAACUGUAGAGUCAAAUUCUCACUGUCAAACUGACUGGAGAUCAAGUCUGUGGUUGACAAAAUAAUUACAAUAAAGCUGUUAACACCGCAUUAGAACUAAAUGAAGUUGUACAUAAGAACCUAUAAUGAUUUAUAAUUAAAUGGAGAUCAUUUUUACAUAC